AUGGUGGAUAUUGUAACACAAACAAUGCCUGCAGAAAGUGAAGUUCAUGUGGCCAGGAAUUUUCUCACGAAGAUUUUGAGAAGUUCUAUGAGGAAGAAUCACUUCAAAGGGAGGAAUGAAUCUUCAUGUAGACCUCAUUCUUGGCACUCCUCAAAACCCACAGAUAACCCUACUACAGACGUCCCUAAAUCUGAACUCAACCCUUCUGCUGAACCUACUUGCCAGACACAAUAUGAUACAGGUUCACCAACAAAAAGCUACACCAGCUGUUGGGGACAGACAAAUCUGCGACAAGUGCCAUGCCAGUUCAGCUCAGUGGGAAAUAUGGAAAGUCUAGAGCCCACAUCUCAUGCUUUCUCAAAAGAGCCAGUGUUAUUGAACAAGCUCAACGGUGUAGAAGACCACCCAGUGGUUGAAAAGGGUGUCAACAAACCUACCUCUGCAUGUAACGCAUUUUUGUCAGACACAACUGACCACAGUGCACCUCGGGGUAUCAUCCCUACAAAAGGUAUGUUUUACAGAGGCAGUCCGAAUGAGCUUGGAGUUUCCAGUGAUUGCCACAGAUACCUGCAGAUUCCCAUGGGCAAUGGUGGACAAGUGAGUCCCAGCAUGGAGGAUCAAGCUGGCUCUAAAUUUUCCUGCUCUGGGAGAUCAAACCAGGGGCCUUUGUGGCAUAUUCCUGAGAGUAAGUUGUUAACUAGUGCAGCUUUACCUGCACCACCUCCUCCACUGCGUAGUGAUAGUUUCACUGCCAACAGAGUUCAUGAGAAGACCUUGGUGGGGUCCUUUCCUGAAGGACAUUCUGCUUUUCCACAACAGAAAUUUCACUGUAGAGCUGUGGAGCAACAGAUUGAUGACCACCAUGCAAGUGACAGAGGACAUGAAACGAGACGUAGCUAUAACCCAGCUCCAAAGAAGGACUUUCUUCAUCCAUAUCUUUCAGUUGAGAACUACAGCCCAAAUCAGCAAAACCCUAACAAACAAUUUUCCCAUUCAAGCACUGAUGUAAGACAAGGUCAAAACCCAUUUACAUAUGAGCUUCAGCAUCAGAGACAACAUAGCAAUGAGAGUCCUUUCUCCAUGUACCCUUGUACUACAGGCACUUCCAAGACCCAGAGUGUUGGGAGCUACUACAGAAGCCUUCAAGAUUUGCCAACCAAUACUGGCAGUCUAAAUAAUUCCAGAACCUUGACAGCUUCCCUCUCGAACACAGUUUUUGAUCACAACCAUGAAGGCCAAGCUCAUUUCCGUUACUACUGCAUCACUGCCCAGCAGCCAUCCUUGGAAUCAUCUACCUCCCCACAGGGAUGGAUGGAAGAUGAACGUGAGUCAGAAAUGGGAACUACACAAAGUGUCACAGGAAGAAGCUUUGUUUGUUCUCAGAAGUUCAUAAAGACAAAUUAUUCCCAAGCAUACCUUAGUCUUCCUGAGAACAAGAGCUCCAGUGAUUAUAACAAACAGCAGACCGUUAGUCCUCUUUCAACCGAAGCUGCAUCUCCUGUGCCAGGUCAUGUUAUCUCAAAGUCCAGCUCUGGGGAGAGGGAAAGAGAGUGUCAAAUGAAGAAAGAUGCAGUUUUUAGGCAGCAGCCCUCCAGGCAGGUACCAAACCACCAGCCAGAGCAGAAAAAACCUGUCUCCACUUAUCACCAAGACAAUCCAUGGAUCAUCAAGCAAGAUCAAAAGAUCUGUCCACAGAAGACCCCCAUGUUGCACUCUUUGGCCCAGGAGAGCAAGAAGAUGGCAGAUAAAUCAAUAAUAUCAGCCAAAGUAGGAGGCAGUCAAGAAUUAACUGAUUCCAUUGGUGGCAAACAGGGAAGACGGAGUGACCGCUAUGCCACUACUCUGCGCAAUGAGAUCCAACAGAAGAAAGCGCAGCUGCAGAAAAGCAGAAGUGCAGCUGCCUUGACCUGCCCAAGCGAAGUUGAGGUGCUCUCUGAUAUCUGGAAGUCCAGUGAGACCUCUUCACCCUCAUCUGAUUGUUCCUUCACCAACACCUACAAGGAUCAUCUGAAGGAAGGCCAGGCCAAAGUUCUGAAGGCCACAUCUUUUACGAGGAAAGACCUGGAGAUCCCUGGGAAUGAAGCUUCAUCUGGCCAAGCCCCCAAAAGGCUUGGGCCUGGUCAUGGCCAUUUCACAUGCAUUGGAGGACACAAACAGUUUUCCAUGGAUAAAAAAAUACAUUCUUUCUCUGAACCGGACAAGAUCAAUGAAGUAGGAGUUGCAGAUAAACUUGGAUCCUUUUUGGACCCAAAUAAAUUCUUUGAAGGUUCCUGUAAGCUGACCCACCAGAAGCCCAUUCUAAAGCAUUCCCUGCUCAGCCCCAGUGAAGACCAUGAUGAGAGAAAGUCCAAAUUAAAUGGAGACAGUGAAUGUAACCUCAGAGCUCCCAUCAAACAGAGUAAAUCAAGCCAUUCUGACCUUAAUACUGAGGAGCAACAGCGACUGGGUACAUUUGCUGAAUACAAGGCUAAAUGGAACCUGCAGAAGAAGCCACUGGAAAUAAGAACCUCUGGUAGAUACCGCUCAGCUGAAAACAUUUUGGACUCCGGCUUGGAUGAAUCCAACAAUGCCGUGUGUAUUCAUGAAAGAUCUCGUUCCUCACCUUCUGCUGACUUAUAUGGUCAGAAAAUCCCUCUGCCGCCCAGAGAGUCUGCUGUGGAAUCUCCACCUGAAUCCAAGGACCAACAGGAGACCUGUAUCACUAGUGCACCUGAAAGGGAGCAUGAUCCUGUUAGCAUCUCUGAGCCUCUGGAGUCAAUCACCCUGAAUGUUCUGGAAAAAGAACAUGCUGCAGCUCCUCUUCUCUCGAACCAAAGACCCAGACCUGAUUUCAGGCACCCCACUCCCCUCUUCUUACAUAAUCUCCAGGUUCCUGUGUCAGAGCAUGUACUUCCUAAAAACAAAGGGCCUGAAUCACAGAGGCCUGCCCAGCUCAGAGUGGACAAACAGUUGGAAACCAUGGGCCCCUCCAGAGUCACACAGGAAGUGCAUCCCAUUGCACAGGGGAUCACAGCAGUUCGAAAUCCUUCCCCUGACCCAACUCAAGGAUCCGCGAGGCUCUGCACCUCACCUUGCCCUUCAGAGCACCUGGAGAGAGACAUUUUCUUGACCACAGCACCAGAAAAUGGUCAGAAAUCUGACAGCGGGGGGCCGGUUUCACUUUCAGGUCAGUCCUUCAGUUCUCCCCAGAGGAAUGCUGACCUGGCCAUAACCUCAGCCAACAGAACAUGUUCUCCAUCUCCUCAGUUCUUUCCACAGAGACUUACCGAUGAAUCACCGACAACUGUGCAGAAAAAGGAUUCACAUAGUCAUAAUACGGAGGAAACAUCAGAAACUAAUACAGCUGGGCGUAAGGUCCCCAUACAGAUCAUCUGUACAGAAAAUGGUUCCGAGGGAGACAAUAUAAACUUUUUGCUACAUGGCGAAUCAUUGGGAGGCUCUGAGGUUCCGAAAACGUCCCAACCAAAACAACUAGAUUCUCCAGAGCAGGCCAAGUCACUGUUAAGUGCCUGUGUUCACGUGGAGUCCAACAGAAAUGCUGACAGAACUUCUUCAGAACAUCAAAUCAACAACGAGACCGCAUUAGAAAACACGGAGCCAGUGAGGACCAACGGUGGGACCGAGCACUCUGAACAAGACUUGAAACGAGAGGAACUGGCCAAAGAUAUCAUGGUAAAGGAUAAGAGUCUGGUGGACAUUUUGGAUCAGAGUAAGAUGAGGACCACCAUGGAUCUGAUGGAGGGAAUCUUUCCCCAAGGGGAACAGCUCCUGGAGGGGGUGCAGCUGAGGAGAAAGGCCACCUCCAAACAGACACCUCCCAAAAAUACAGCAGAGAGGGUUGAGGACAGUUUGACUACAUCAGUGCCGUUAGUUAGCAGUUCUUCAUAUUACAGCACAUCGGCACCCAAAGCUGAGCUGCUUAUAAAGAUGAAGGAUCUCCAGGAGCACAUGGAGGAACCAGAUUCAGAAGAUGAACUCGAUUAUGACCUGUCUAACAAGAAGCAAGAGUUGAUCGACAGCUUAAGCAAGAAGCUCCAGGUCCUGCGAGAGGCCCGUGAGAGUCUUCAAGAGGAAAUCCAGGACAAUAAUCUUCUCGGAGAGGAAGUGGAGGCCACCGUACAGAUAGUCUGCAAACCAAACGAGCUAGAGAAGUUCCGCAUGUUUGUGGGGGAUCUGGAUAAAGUGGUCAGUCUGCUGCUGUCGCUGUCCGGAAGACUCGCUCGUGUGGAGAACGCCCUGAACAACCUGGAAGAGGGAACGUCAGCUGACGAGAAGAACAAUUUAACAGAGAAACGCAAACUACUGAUUCGCCAGCAUGAAGACGCUAAAGAACUGAAGGAGAACUUGGACAGAAGGGAACAUUUAGUGUAUCACAUUCUGGCCAGUAACCUGAGUGAGGAGCGUCUUGCUGACUACCAGUACUUUGUAAAAAUGAAGUCGGCACUCAUUAUUGAGCAACGCAAACUGGAAGACAAGAUUAAACUGGGUGAAGAGCAGCUCAAAUGUCUGAUGGACAGUCUGCCACUGGAUCAGAGACUGCUGUUCUGAUCAAUACUACACGCUAUACUAAUCUAUACUGCAUUGUACUGGAUUAUAUUACACUCUGAUAAACUAUUGUGAUCUAUACUGUGCUAUAUUGGACAAUACUAGUAUAGUGGUCUAUACUGAGCUAUACUGGACAAUAUUACACUCUAUGCUGAUCUAUACUGCCUGUGAUACACUGGACCAUAUUAUACUCUGAUAAACUAUUAUGAUCUAUACUGUGCUAUACUGGACAAUACU